GAGUGUUUCAUUGUUCCCAGUGUGUGACAGCUCAUCUCAGGGUUUGGGUGUUUCUGUGCGAAUUUAAUUCCCCAAUUCAAGUGGUGCAGACAUGAACAGACUUUGAAAGACAUUCUACAUCCAUCGUCGACUUUGUAUUAUCACUGUCAAUCGGAGGAUACUAGAGAUACCCACAAGGAGUAUUUUUGAAAAAUAAGAACAUAUUUUGUGGAUAUGUAUGACUAAAAGAAUGGCGGACCAUAAAAUGAACAUCAAGGACUGGGAAGUGAUGGAUGACAUGCACAUGGAGAUGUGCGCUGGUGGGGAGAUGCUCCAAGACAUGACCAUGCCAGGCAUCUGUGAGGGGUACCUGAUGAAGAAGAGGAAGUGGCCCCUUAAAGGCUGGCACAAGAGGUACUUUGUGUUGGACAAGGGGGUCCUCAAGUACUCCAAAACUCAGCAGGAUAUUGCGAAAGGGAAACUACAUGGUUCACUGGAUGUCAGUCUGGCGGUCAUGUCCAUCAACAAGAAAUCAAAACGCAUUGACCUUGAUGCAGGGGACAGUCUGUAUCACAUGAAGGCAAAGAACCAUGAGCUGUUUUAUAUCUGGGUGACCAAGCUGAGUGCCCACCGUGUGUUCAAGAAGAAUGAGGCUGUGCAUGUCCACAAUGGAUUUCUGCAGGCUCUGUCGCAAGGAGGCAAUGUGCUGCCCUCUGUGGCCAACCUCAUGCAGCAGAAUGGGGGCAUGUCAGACAUGCCUUCCUACCCACACUACCAGAGCAAUGCAUCUACACUGAAUGAAGCUGUGCCCCCACUGGAGGAGCUGCCUGCUGCAAGCCGGGGCGUGAAUAGCAAGGUGUCUGCCUGGCUGCAGCAGACUCAGGAUGUCGACUGCUGCUUCCAAGAGCUGAACCGCUGCCAGAGUGACCUGGCUGAGUUGAACCGGCUGGUGCAGAGGCUCCAGGCGCUGGAGGGCGGCCAGUCUUUCAAUAACGGGGAGCUCCAACGCAUCAUUAGCAUGCAGAAUCUCACCCUGGAGAAGCCCAAGAAGAAAUCCAACAAGAUAUGGGGACACUCUCGCACCCUGUCCAGGGUUGAGGCUCUUGGAAUGCUGUCAUCCAGUCACCUCAGUAGCUCCUCCCACCUGGGCACUUCGGUCCCUUCCAUCCCUGACUAUGUGUACUCCCAGCUGUCUCCUCCCAGUGCCACAUCUCCAGAGGGCAAAAAGAUCCAGCAGGACAUCUGCACCAUGUCCCAGAGGGUUCAUGCCUCUUUGAAGACAGUACAUGAAGCCCUGGUCCAAGAAAGGCAGAGGCUACAAGUGGCCUGGAACGGCCCUGAACUCCAUCAGUCCACGUCCCAACAGCUGGCCACCCUGUGCACCACUCUUUCUGAGUUGAAGCUGCAGUCCCACCUGACCAAAAUCCACUCCCUGUCAGUGUCCUCUGACUCCUCGGAGGAAUCCUUCUGCACUGUGCGCGCGGAGCAGCCAGCCCGCUCCGUAUCUAGCCGCCGCUCAUCUCGCCACGCACCCUCGGUGGCCGACUCGACGGCGGAGUACUUUGACGCCUGCGACCACAUCCUCUGCGGGAGCUCCUCCGAGAACGAGGCGUCAGGUGACGAGUCAGGACUGAGUGACAUCACCACCAGCAACUCUGAGCCUGAGGAGGGCCACGAAACGGCCACUCUUAAGUACCGCAAGAGCAUCUCUACAUCACCAGAUAUGCCCAGUGCCAUCCGCAAGGACACUGGCCGCCGGACUACCCUGCCUGCCCCCUGCCCCAACAACAGCCACAUUGGCCUCAUGACCAUCCUCUACAACAACAUCGGGAAGGACCUGUCGCGAGUUUCUAUGCCAAUACCGCUCAAUGAGCCGGUCAGCCUGUUGCAGAGGUUGUGUGAGGAACUGGAGUAUUCUGACCUGCUGGACACGGCCAGCCACACUGAAGACCCCUAUGAGAGGAUGGUGUACAUUGCUGCCUUUGCCAUCUCAGGCUAUGCCACAGCUCGCUUUCGAAACAGAUACAAGCCCUUUAACCCCGUCCUGGGAGAGACCUAUGAGUGCGUGCGAGAGGACAGGGGCUUCCGUUACAUCAGUGAGCAGGUGUGCCACCACCCCCCCAUAUCUGCCUGCCAUGCUGAUGCAGAGAACUUCUCAUUCUGGCAAGACCAGCGGUGGAAGAACAAAUUCUGGGGAAAAUCUUUGGAGAUCAUGCCAACAGGGAUGGUGAACGUCACCCUUCCCAGGUUCAAUGAUCACUAUGAGUGGAACAAGGUAGUCACUUGCAUCCACAAUGUCCUGAGCCAACAGCGCUACCUGGAGCACUAUGGCGAGGUCAUCAUCCGUAAUCUCAACAGCACUGUCUGCACCUGCAAGAUCACCUUUGUCAAGUCCCGUUACUGGAGCUCAGACUCUCACCUGAAUGAGGUGCAAGGGGUGGUUCUUGAUCAGGCUGGCAAUGCGGUCCACCGAUUCGGGGGUCUGUGGCAUGAGGGCAUCUUCUGCGACACAUUGCCCAAACCCCAGUGCCUCUGGAAGCCGAAUCCCCAACCCAAAGACUACAUCAAGUACUACGGCUUGUCUAGUUUUGCCAUGGAGCUGAAUGAGCUAACUCCUGAGCUGAAACCCCUUCUCCCCCCCACUGACACCCGCCUGCGUCCUGACCAGAGAAUGCUGGAGGAAGGGCAGUUGGACGAGGCGGAAAAGCGAAAGGAUGAGAUCGAGGAAAAGCAAAGGGAGCGGCGGAAGAUCCUGGCCAAGAAGGGAGAGGAGCACAUCCCUCGCUUUUUCAGGAAAUCCCUGGAUGCAGCAGGCAGGGAAGUGUGGCUGACAAAUGGAACUUACUGGAAAAUCCGUGAGAACCCAGGAUUCGCCAGCACGAAAAAUCUGGAUCUUUGGUGAACAGUGCACACAGGACUUGCCACCAAGGACUGGAAAUAGACAAGUGUACAAUAAGAAAAGACUAUUUUCAAAUGUUGCCCAUCUUCAAAUUAGAACUCAUGCACACCAGAAGAACCAUGAAUGGGGGUUGUGCUGCUUUUUCUCCCAGCAUUAAUGAGCUACCCUUGGUGACCCACUGAGCAGGGGUGGUGCUGACCAGGAAGAUGAGAGCAUGUGAGGAUGCUGAAUGGAAUGAACUUCAGGCUGGAGGGGUGAUGGCAAAUGUACUUCUUUAGCAAUCUUUAUCUUAAAAGAAAAAAGCAGAGAAUGUUCCAGGCAUUACAGUGAAUAGCCAAUCCAGGAAAAAAGUGUUUUUUUUCCCCUCUUUUAGGAUCUGUUUUAUAAGACAUUUUUACUUUGAAACUUUUUUUAUGUGCAUUCCAGGGUUUUUAGUCAACUUGUAUUUUACUCCUAUUUGUGUGUGGGACUUUUGCUCUGUCCUGCAUAAAUUGUCUUUAUGUAUGAUUAUUGCAGUGGGCAAUUGAAUUUGGGUGGAAAAAAAAACAGGUUGAGUUGAAUGUACGUAUAAUAUAUGAAUUUUACCUUGUGUAGUGUAGGUGAAUUAUUAUUUUUUUAGCAUGGCCCUUGUGCAUUUAAGAGAACCUCCUAACUCUUCUCGUUUCUUUAUCUGAAAACAUCGGUAGCCUGGACAUUGCAUGAAUAUUUUCACUGUUCUCCUUUGAGGAGUGUUCCUUGAAGAUCUACUGUAAUUCCCUCAAUACUUAAUAUAGAAUAUGACAUGUUUUUAUGUUAGUUGGUACAUUUAAGAGCCUUGCUUUUAGUUUAGUUGCAGGAGCGUUUUAUAGAUGUCAGACAAGCAAGCACAGGGAAAGAGAAGCAAAGUUACAUAGCAGUAAAAAUAACUGGAGAUGGACUGCUAAUAUUACAUGCCUCGCUGUAUACAGUAGGGUAAAUAAAAAUGAGUAUAACAAUAAAAGUCAGUCACUUAAGAACGUAUGUGUGGCCUUUUAAUGCUACCAUAUAACAAGUAUGACUUGGUAUGCAACCUCCUCUGAUCCAGGGCAGAAGUUUAGAGCACAGUGAUUUUGGUGAACAUUCACAGUGCCAUAAAAAAUGGUGAUGAAAACACAGUAUAAAUGUUAGAUGUUUUAACAUGAGUCUUAUCUAAAUAUUAUUAGUCAGCAUGUGUGUGAUGGAAUGCCCGUAGUGCGAUAUGGCGAUUUCCAAAAUGGGUACAGGUGCAGUUGCAAGUGCAGGUGCAGGUAGAAAAAACCACAAUAAAUACUAUAACAAACAAAAAGAAGACAACUACAGCCAAAUGCAUAUAUAAGACUAUUUCAUCAUUUUGAAAGACAUCCAGUCCUCAAGUACUUCUUUUUCCUUAACAAUAACCUUGCUACCUUACGCAAUGUAACCAUAAUGAACAAUGAAGAGAAAAAUCCCCGCUCUACACAUUCAAUAAUUAUACAGCAGCCAUUCAGCACGCCAUACACAGGAACACAUAUUCUUUCCCAUUUGUGUCUGUGUACAACAAAACUAUUUUAUGUUUCUUUUCACAAAACUUGUAAAUUAUAAUACAUUCCGUAACGGACAGGUACCACCAUUGCAAUGUGAAAACCUAGACGAUUGGUGCUUUGCCCCACUCUGUUGUUACAGUUUCUGGGAUAGGUCAAAAAUAUGAUGUGUGCUACUGAUUUGUCAAUGCUGUAUUUCUUGCAGUUCAUAAAUAAAUCUGCCUACAUUAAGCAUAUUCAAGACAUCCCGAUCUUACAAAUCUCUAUUAUCGGGCAUUUUCACUGAGAGAUGGGAGCUGAGAAUUUAGUUUGUCGAA